AUGCUGAGGCAGACUCUUGCGCGUUCUGCGCUACGGACGACUAGACAAACAUGUAACGCCUCCAGAACUUUUGCGACAUCGAGCAGGAGACAGGCGGAGGUCCAGUUAACUAUUGAUGGCAAGCAAGUCUCAAUCGAAGCUGGUUCUGCUUUGAUUCAAGCUUGCGAGAAGGCCGGAGUUGUAAUACCCAGAUAUUGCUAUCAUGAGAAACUUAUGAUUGCUGGAAAUUGUCGAAUGUGCUUGGUAGAGGUAGAGAGGGCACCAAAACCUGUGGCAUCAUGCGCGUGGCCAGUACAGCCUGGUAUGGUGGUAAAGACAAAUUCGCCACUUGCACAUAAAGCCCGAGAAGGAGUGAUGGAAUUUCUGCUGGCCAACCAUCCUCUCGAUUGCCCAAUUUGCGACCAAGGUGGAGAGUGUGAUUUGCAGGAUCAGUCGAUGAGAUAUGGAGCCGAUAGAGGACGAUUCCACGAGGUUGGCGGAAAACGAGCUGUGGAGGACAAGAAUGUCGGACCUUUGAUCAAGACCUCGAUGAACCGAUGUAUCCACUGCACGAGAUGUAUUCGAUUCUCUAACGAUGUUGCUGGAGCCCCAGAGUUUGGAUCAACUGGACGAGGAAACGAUAUGCAAAUUGGAACCUACAUUGAGAAGACUUUGGAUUCGGAAAUGUCUGGAAAUGUCAUCGAUUUGUGCCCUGUCGGAGCUCUCACCUCAAAACCGUACGCCUUCAGAGCGAGACCGUGGGAACUGAAGCACACUGAGUCGGUUGAUGUAUUGGACGGUUUAGGAUCAAAUAUCAGAGUUGACUCGAGGGGGUUGGAAGUUAUGCGAAUUCUUCCUCGUCUCAAUGACGAUGUAAAUGAGGAGUGGAUUAACGAUAAAACACGCUUUGCUUGCGAUGGUCUCAAAACACAACGACUUACCACACCUCUUAUUCGAAAGAAGGAUCAGUUCCUUCCCGCCACCUGGGAACAGGCCCUUAGCGAGAUUGCAGCUGCAUACAAGGACUUUGCGCCAAAGGGUAACGAGUUCAAGGCAAUCGCUGGAGAACUUGUAGAGACCGAAUCAAUGGUUGCCUUGAAGGAUUUGGCCAACAAACUCGGCUCAGAGAACUUGGCCCUGGAUCAACCAUCCGGUAGCAAGCCACUUGCACACGGAAUCGAUGUUCGCUCCAACUUCCUUUUCAACUCAAAGAUUUGGGGAGUUGAGGAAGCCGAUGCCAUGCUCAUUGUCGGUACAAACACAAGACAUGAAGCUGCUGGUCUGAACGCCCGUAUUCGCAAGCAGUGGUUACGAUCUGAUCUUGAGAUCGGUGUUGUCGGUGAGACCUGGGAUUCCACAUUUGAGUUUGAGCACUUGGGUUUAGAUGCUGCUGCGCUGAAGAAAGCACUUGCCGGACCCUUUGGCAAGAAACUUGCAGCGGCUCAGAGACCUAUGAUCAUCGUUGGAUCUGGUGUCACGGACCACCCAGAUGCAAAGGCAAUCUACGAGAUGGUUGGAGCUUUCGUUGAGAAGAACGCUGCCAACUUCUCAACAGAGGAGUGGAAUGGUUACAAUGUCCUUCAACGUGCCGCAUCAAGAGCUGGUGCUUACGAGAUUGGCUUCACAACACCUUCCACUGCUGUUGCCGAGACAAAGCCUAAAUUCAUCUGGCUUCUUGGUGCUGAUGAGUUUGACGCUGCGGAUAUUCCAAAGGAUGCUUUCGUCGUCUAUCAAGGCCAUCACGGUGAUCGUGGGGCUCAGAUCGCUGAUGUUGUUCUUCCUGGAGCGGCUUAUACUGAGAAGGCCGGUACAUAUGUCAACACCGAGGGUAGAGUCCAGAUGACAAGAGCUGCCGUUUCAUUGCCGGGUGCCUCAAGAACAGAUUGGAAAAUUAUCCGAGCCGUCUCAGAAUUCCUCGGCGCACCAUUACCAUAUGAUGAUGUCGCUCAGCUCCGAGACCGUAUGGUCGAAAUCAGCCCCGCUCUCGCUAGCUACGAUGUCGUCGAGCCAGUUGCAUUGAAGCAAUUAAGUAAGGUUCAGUUGGUUGACCAGAAUAAGGGCAGCAAGCCAAGCAACACACCACUGAAGAAGAUUGUUGAGAACUUCUAUUUCACAGAUGUCAUCUCAAGAAGUUCCCCAACAAUGGCAAGAUGUUCAGCAGCAAAGGAGCAGAAUAACUCGGAGACAAAUUUCAUGGCUCCAGGCUAUUCGACUGAUGCGCCACAUGGUCAGGUGGCUUAUGGAGCGUAA